UUUCGAACUCUGGUGGAAGACGAGGAGAGAGGGAGAGAGAGGAAGUGGCGAUGGAGAGGGCGGAGAGCUCAGUAGGAGAAGCCGAUAGGAGGCAUUUAGGGGAGACAGCGGGACUUAUUAUGCGGAGCCAUAACAACCCGGAACCUCUUUGGCCCACAAUCGAUGGCCCUCUCGGCCUCUCCGAAGAAGAUUCAGUGAGCUAUGCCCGUAAGUUCUUCAAGUUCGGAUUUCUCUUGCUUCCUUGGCUGUGGGCUGUUAAUUGCUUCUACUUCUGGCCGGUUCUUCGCCAUUCCCCUUCCUUCCCUCGCAUCCGUCGCUAUGUUGUUGGAUCAGCAAUUGGGUUUGUAGGUUUCACAGUGAUGCUAUCGUCUUGGGCCCUCACAUUUGCCAUUGGAGGGGAGCGUCUUUUUGGCCCUGUUUGGGAACGUCUUGUCAUGUACAAUGUUGCUGACAGAUUAGGCCUGACAGGUUGGAACUAAUUACGAACUUCUCGCACAUAAUAGCUUACAGAAAUUUUAGUGUAUUUCUUUUCUGAGAUACUGAACAUUUUGGUAUUAAUUUGCUGUUUUUUGGGUUUUGUUUUUUUGAAAGAAUGCCAUUCAUAUUUGUAAAAUCAGUUGUAUAAACAAUCAGUGAGCGGUAUUCAUAAUCAUUUUUAGGUUUUGGUGAUUUCAGAUUACACUCCAGUAAGUGUUUGACGUGCUAAAUUGAAU